GAACAUCCAAACCAUGCUCAUCACAGAACACAAAAUGUACCUAGUUUACUUGACUUUUCCAUUAGUUUUGUGAAUAACUGCACAUUACCUUCUUUAACUCAUCCAUUCUAUCUUUUUGUGGUGUGCUGCAUCUAUUCUACACACAGAAAAGAUGGGAAACAACAACGUUGCUUGUUUUCUCCGUCUAAGAGGGAGUCUUCCAUUUCCAUCCACUCUUCAACUGGGAACAUAUGCUGCCAUCAACAUAAAGACAUCUAUCUCUAACAGGUAUGGUGAUGGAUCAUAUGUCGAAAAUACAGAAGUUUUAUACACCGUUGAAGGGUCAAAGUGCAAACUCGUAUUAGGAAGGACUGUUAGCGGUGACGGAAAUGUCAACCCGCUAUCGUUCGAAUUCCAUGACAGCAUAAUAUCUUCAGACAAAAGAGACCCAGUCCUGCCGAUAGGCAAAGCGGGAACUGGUUUGUUCUGCCUGUGGUUUACGUUUUCCAUCCCCUGGACGAAGACAAGGAGAAACGUUGAUGCAUGGGGUGGUGUUACGGACACCAAAGUUUACUUAUAUGGCACUCCAAACAGUAGUAACGGAACAGUGGCUGUUAACAAAUCAAGUGAAACAACAGAUAUUGGAUUUUCUGUUGUGACAAAGGUUGGAGUCUGUGAUGGAAAGUUUGAUAUAACAGUGGAGGGUCCUGAACGACACCCUGUUUCUGCAUUAUUAUACAUGUUUAGUGAAGUGAGUAGAAGUGGGAUUUGGAAGCCGAGCAUGUGCCCUCAUUGUUGUAACAAUCGGAGGGAGCAUAGCAGAAUGUUUUCGCAGUCUGACAGUGAAGACGAUGUUGUUCCCUUCCCACCACGUCUUGGUAGCCAGCAAAAUAUAGCAACCAUUGCCAACGAUGGAAGGUUCACAGGGCAUGCUAGUGGUAGUUUCAUCAGAUGCAGAAAUUUCUAUGGUUUUAAUUGAGUGAAGAUCCUAACUUUGUGCGUUUCUCUCCCAAUAUAUAUGUUGAAUAAUGUGUUAGUCUUGUAGAAUUUUAAGAAUGUUUCAAUGUACUACAAAAUGUGUUGUAUUUGGAGUUUCAACAAUCAUAUGAUUGCAGACAAAGAAUGACAAAUUGUAAUCCGAUCCUUUUUCAUGUUGAAAAUAGGUAAUAAAAAGGAGCAUUAUUCUUCCACAUAUAUCAAUUCAAUCAUCUACCUAUUAUUCUCCCGCAUAUCAAUUUAUUAAUGUAGCUAGUAUCUAAUUCUCUA